CGAUUCCAUCAAUAUUGUGGUACAUACCAAGCGUGUUAAACCUGUAUUGGGUACAAGAUUAAUAAUAAUGGAAAACACAAAUUCGGAAAUAAAACCGUUUGAGUCUUUCGAUAAUACUUUUAAAUAUUGUACUUAUGGAAUGGUUUUUUCCAAUAUCUAUCCGAACAAAUCAAAUAUGAAGAAAAGAUUAUAUUUUUAUUGUUUUACUUUACUUUUUGCAUCGCCUUGUUUGAUUUCGUAUGCAUAUUCCUGUCGCUUCUACAUAAUGGCACAUGAUAUAUUUAAUUUAACACGCCAUUUGGCUGUGGGUAUUAUAAUACUUUUAUAUUUAUUUAAAGUUUUGUAUUGUAUAUUGAAUACUAAUAAAUUCGAGAAUAUACUUAACACUGUAUCAUGUGAUAUAAUUGAUGUCAAUGAGUUGGACGACGGUGCUAAAAAACUAUGUGCAUUUUUUUUAAAAAAGGCAAAAGUUGGACAACUUGUUUGGUCAUUGUUACCAAUAGUCAUCGGCUUCCAAUUCCCAGUAUAUGCUGGAAUCGUUAUGAUCCAUGAGAAUAUUUGGAAGGAUUAUCCACAUAGAGAAAUGGUACAUGAGAUGGAGUUACCAUUUGUAAAACGUUCAAAAUUUGACUCGCCAGUUUUUGAACUCUUUUUUUUCGUAAGUGGAAUCGGUUGCCUGAUACUAUUACCAAAUUUCUGUGGACUGGAUGGCUCUUUCUGUAUUUCUACAACGCAUUUAGGUUUUAAAAUAAAAUAUGUCGGUUAUUUAGUUUUAAAAGCGUUUGAAGAUUCUAAUGACAGUUUGGAAUUACAUGCUAAAAUGAAACAUGCUAUAAAAUGUCAUCAAAAGGCUUUACAAUUUUACAAGGAAUUACAAGACUUUUAUGGACCAUGGUUGUUAGUAAUUUUUAUUGUGACAUCAAGUUUGAUCGCCUUUAAUUUGUAUCAGAUGUAUAUUAUUCAACAACUCCAUCCAAAAUAUGUUUUAUUUGCGGUAGCGGCAGUUUUGCACAUGUAUGUACCUUGCGUGUAUGCCAGCAAUGUGACGGAGUUCGGCGAAGAUUUGGUUGUAGAACUUUACAAUGUUCCAUGGGAAAGAAAGUUCGAAAUUAGUGCAAUCAAGUCCGUGAUAAUCAUGCUCGCCAAUGCGCAACGUCCUCUCGUCUUUACUGGAUGUGGGAUAGUGACUUAUAAUAUGGAAUUAUUCAUUACAGUAAUGAAGACAGCUUAUUCAUCUUACACUUUAAUUACAAGUACUUAAUGACUACACAUAUGAUAUUAGAGAAGUACUAUGAACUAAAAUAUGCAAUUAUAUAUUUUGGAAUGAUAACUUAUUCAUUUUACACGUUAAUCACAAGUAUUUAAUCAGUGUCAACCCACAAGAUGUUAAAUAAUUCAUUUGUGUUAAAUUUAAAAUAAAUAUGGCCUAAUCACUAAUACACUGUUAUCACUAGUAUAUUCUAUUCUUUCAAUAAAUUAAUAUGAAAA